GCCCUCAACUUCUUAUCUGACUUGUGACUUGUAAAAUCUUCAUUUUUUUUAGUCAUAUUAUCAGAAUGUGAUUUCUACAACUGGAGUGCCCACCGACACAGCCGACUGCCUUGAACAUGACUUGAGGAUUUAUAUCUGAAAGUUGUGCCCAUUCAUCCAUGCAGCCAGAGGAACAUCUGCGACCCUGCUGUCUUACCUGCUGCCAAGGAACCGUCAUGGACUUGAGGAAACUUUUCCCUGGCAAAACAGACGUUCUGGAUGGCGCUACUGCCUCUCACAGGUCAGCCUCGGUACUACAACAUACAUGUAGUUUGGGGGACUCGACAUGGCUGGUGAAGAUAUUGCGAUAAGCGCGACGCCGGAGGGAUGGCGGUAUGCCGUGGACUAUGAGUGAGCGUGUGAUGAUGGAGGCCUCCGUCGCCGCUGACGACCACCGCGGCUCAUUGGAGACCGUCGGGGUCCCAACUAAUGAGGUGUACCGCGGAGGUGCAAGUCAAAGGUGGAUUUUUUUUUCCAAACUUUCAUUUUGAUGCCAAUCGAAGGUUUGUAAUUAGCGAUCACCAACACACCCAAAUGGCAUUUUGUGAAAAACGAGAUAGCCAAUAAAAACAGUUCGGAUUCAUCAUACCAUCCCUAAACCUGCUUUUUCCGUGUUGUCAGGUCAUUUUGACCCGCCGUGUGUUAUUUUCAUCAUCAAGAUAUGAACGGGCCAGUUUGACCCACUGAACAUGACCCGCUGCAAAUGUGUGAUUGUACUUCUUUGUAGUUAUUUGAAAUGGCGGCUCGGCGAGAGCGUGCUUGCGUUCCCGUCGAAAGUGUCCGCUGUGGAUUAAGCAUCCGACCUUAAUUGGAUUUGGCCUAUGAGACUUGUGAAUCUUUGUGUCAAAAAUGAUUAAGCCUGCUCAGUUAUCACACUGCACAAGACAUCUAUGAGUGCGUCUAAUCAAUAGUCACUAAGACCUAAAAUAUCACAGUUAAUCAAUUUAGUUUACAUUUGUUUUGAGAACGCAUUUUGAUGGAAAUUUGUUUGCGAGAAGUUUCCAAUGGCUGACGCAAGGCUGCAUUAUUUUGGCUUUAGCAAUUGAUUGUUUUUGGAAUUAUCAAGGCACCAUGUGUGGAAAAGAUCUUUAACCCAGAUUAUGUUUGAUGGGGAAGCUGUCAAACUGAGAAAUGGGUCAAAUUAUGGAUGGAUGGUCGGGCUAUUAUUGUGUCAGUGGACAAGAUUUGUCAACUCGUCAUUUUUUGCCUUAACUUCUUCCAGGAGCAGAGAAGCACUCGGCCAGAAGGAAUCACGCUUGGAAAAAGAGGAAGAUCCUCACCUGUCUUGCUUGCCGCUGCCGUCUAUGAGUUGCCCCGAGGUUCUCCAGUGGACUUUCCAGCAUUCCUGAUUGACAGCAGACAUCAUGUCCUCACCCCCCCUCCCUAUGAACUCCCUCCCCCCCAGCCCGCUGGCCAUGGAGUACCUCAACGACUUUGACCUCCUCAAGUUCGAGGUCAAACCCGACACGCCGCCGCUGUCCGCUCAAUGCGGGUACCCAAAAGCGGGCAGCUCGCCGUACGGCGCCCGCCCGCCGCCGGACUCCAGCCUGAGCUCCAGCCCUUACGACUCGCUGCCGCCCUCGCCCACCCUGAGCGACGGCCAGCCGCCGCCGUCGGGCUCGUCCUCGCUGUCCUCGUCGUCGUCCUCCAUCUCCUUCCCGCUCUCCGGCUUCACGUCUGCCGUCGGUUCCGGCGGAUCGCAAGGGAAUGCGGACGCCAGCUCGGGUCACGCCGGCCAUCCUCAAGGCGCCGGACCGGCCUCGCUGGAGGACCUGAUCUGGUUUGCGGCCCUGCAGCAGCAGUUUGGCGGCGAGGUCCCAGGGCCCGCCACCCUGCUGGGCGCCCUGGGUGAGCGAGAGAGGGCGCCCGGCAACGGCUUCCUCGGCUGCGAGGACGCCGUGGAGGCUUUGCACCAUCAGCACCACCUUCAUCACCAAAUGCACGCCGGCCUUCACCAUCAUCAUCACUCGCAAGUGGGUCAGUGCGACGGGAACGAUCGUUUCUCCGACGAGCAGCUGGUGAGCCUGUCGGUGCGCGAGCUCAACCGCCAUCUGCGUGGCGUCAGCAAGGACGAGGUGGUGCGCCUGAAGCAGAAGCGACGCACACUUAAAAACCGCGGCUACGCACAAUCGUGCCGCUACAAGCGCUUACAGCACCGCCACGCUCUGGAGUCGGAGAAACACGUGCUCACGCAACAGCUGGAACAGCUCCAGUGCGAUCUGACCCGGGUGCUGAGGGAGCGUGACGCCUACAAGGCCCGCUACGAGAAGCUGCUCAGCGCCAGCCACGCCAAAGCCCCGACGGGCCGUGGCAACGGCGGCGGUGGCUCGCCUUCACCCGAUUUCUUCCUCUGAGGUGACCCAUAGCCGCCACCACAACCACACAGAGGAAAAGACAAGAGCCGACGUGGAGCAAACAUGGAUGCUUGUGACUCUUCAUUCGUUGGGUUUGCUGCUUGGACUCACUUUGAUUACACUGUGAAUGCUGGUUGCACUAGCUUCGGGGACAGCAGUGCAACUGUGGACGGGGACAUGCUACACUAUCUGGACAAAAGUCCUGGGACACACCUCACCAAAUUUUUCUGUAAAAUUAUUAUUAAUAUUCUAAAACAUUUUUUCCUAAAAGUACACCAAAGAAAUCCAUGGAAUAAUAAUAUUAUUAUUAUUAUUAUUCAUCUAUGAGGAAAAACUGCAUUAACGUAAAAUGUCAAGUUCCAACUAAAAUAAAUAUAUCAAUAAAUAAAUAAAUAAAUAUCGAAAUAAAAUACCUUUCAUUUAUAUAUAGAAAAAUUCUUUGGUUAUGUUCAAUUGCAUUUUUCAAAAUGUUGUAAUAUGUAGCCGUAUUUAAUUUGGAAAUUGACUCGGUUUUCUUCAAUUGUGAUUUCCACUUUACGUCCCAAUACUUUUGUCCAUAUAUUGAAUUUGAUAUGGAUUUACCUUGCAUUAACACUGCUGAGCAUUUUAGUCUAUGCAAAUUUCACUCAGCCUGCAUUAGAGGCUGAAAAUGUCGUUAUUUUUAUAUAUGCUGUAUCUCAAAAUGGUUUACGAGGCUGCUUCUGAGUUGCGAGUCGUGCAGUGGUGCUGCUGGCUAACCAAGUUUGAAGGAAGCGUCCGUGGCAUGCAGUUAAUAUUUCACAGUUGCCUACCAAAGCGUUUCAGCUCUUUCUGUCAGAUUGACGAAUGUACCACGAGAAUCUUCCUGCAUGCGAUUGUGCUCAAGCCGGAACAAGAUGCACCUUUUUUUUUUUUUUUUUUCCUCCAUUAUGCUCUUUUCCUUUUUUUGGUUUUGUACAUAUACAAAAGAGUUGCUGCUUGAAAGGUGUUAUCGCAUCAGACUUGGACUUCAGUCCCAAACUAUCCUUGGCAUCAAAUUGACCAUAGGCAAAAAAAAGAAAAAAUAAUUUACAUUAGUUGAGUCCUCAAAAUUUCCUUUCGGGUGCUCGGGUCUUAAUAAUAAGUCAUGAUGCAGCGAAACAAUCUACUCAUGGAGACAUGAAAUUCUUUGACAGGGUGGAUGCAUUAGAACUAUUUAUUUUGUUUGAGGGUAGGAUAAAUAAGGUGCUGUUUUAUUUAUUCACUUAUUUAUUCCGUAUUUAUUGAUUGUUUCCUUUUGUGCUGAUUCUAAUCACUCAUUUGAUCUUAUUAGUGUGUCAUUGACUUUCCUACUCUUGGUUUUGCCCUACGACAAUUAGAAAGAAGACAAAUGAGGACAAAAUGUGAAGGGAUCUCGCUCCAACUGUAGUGUAGUGUGGUUUCACGGCAAAUAAACGCGACAUACUUGACCAUA